UUUAUCAUAAAUGUAAAUGUUCUGACAGAUUCUUUCACCUCUAAUCAGAGUAAUAAAAAAAAACUGCUGAUUUAGUGAUAGUACAGAUAGAUAAGCUUAGUAAAUAGUUAUGUGGGAUAUAUUUGAGCAAAUAAAGUGCAAAGGGCGCAGGGAAUUGUCGCUCUCAAAUGUCGAAAUCCAGAACCGGGAAAAUGAGAUUGCUGAUGAAUCUAGUGGGCUAUUUUCAUUGACCCAACUGAACUUGCUGCGUAUAAACAAGUCCCAGCUGACAAAAUUCCCUGCUGCUUUAGGACAGCUAAAAAAUCUCACAAGUCUUGUCUGUUCAUCAAAUAAACUGGAGAGUCUGCCUAAAGAAAUUGGUUGCCUGACAAAACUCAUGCUCUUGGAUGCUUCAAAUAAUAAAUUGUCACAGCUGCCUGAAGAAGUUGGGACACUGGAGCAUCUGACAACCUUGAAUGUAAACUGCAAUGAGCUCACCUCUCUGCCUGACCUGAGUGGGUGCAAGGCUUUGGCAUUGAUGAAUGCAAGUCAAAAUCACCUUAAAGAAUUCUUCAUAAUUAAAGAAGGUUCUCUGGAGCUCCUGGCUGAAGUUGACUUAUCCAAUAACAAGAUUGAGUCUGUUCCUCUCAAUAUUGGCUCACUUCCUCUAAUCAAAAUUCUCAACCUGGAAAAUAAUGAAAUUAAGGAACUUCAUGGGAAUGUUCUCAAUUGCCCAAAGCUAAAAAUAUUGAAGUUGAGUGGCAAUGAACUGCGAGACAGGAGGUUCAGGAAGUUGGUGGAUGCUCCUCGCACAUCUCCAGAACAAGUCCUGAAAUUUGUUCGGCAGCAUUUUCCCUUGGUUGAGGUUAAGCAAAAUAAAUCAACUGUAAAGAAUGGCAAUGAUGAGGAGGAUUUGAGCAAAGGUGAUGGGUCCAGUGACGAUGAAGGUAUUGUAUUUUCUCAACCCUCGCUCACCAUAGAGUAUCCCUCUGAUGAUCUCUUGGUGUGUGUGACCACGGAAGUUUUGGCUUUACGACCUCACCUUGUCUGUUGUGUGGUCAGAAACAUUUCUCUGCUGGAUGAUAAAUUCAAGAAGUUUAUUGUGCUACAAAAUAAGCUCCAUGAAGGAGUCUGCAAGAGGCGCCUCUACUCCACCAUUGCCACACAUGAUCUCUCCAAAAUCCAAACAAGCAUUCCUGCAUCUCCUGGCAGUAAAGCACGGACUGGAUUGUCAUACACGGCCCAGGCUAAAGACCUGCUUAAAUUUGUGCCUCUGAACCGCCGCUCAAAGCCUGUGACAGCUGCCAAGUUCCUGACGCUGGUGCAGGACGAGGCUGACAAGCAGAGGAAGAUGCAAAAAUCCAACAACAUCUCCGGGCUAUACAAGUACCUGCAGCUCGUAGAAGGCUGGACCAGUUUCCCGUGUCUCCUUGAUGCUGCUGGCACGGUCCUCUCAGUGCCGCCGCUCACCAACGGUGACGCGACCAAGAUCAGCACUGCAACCACGGACAUGCUUCUUGAAGUGACCAGCGACAAAGGCCUGCAUGCGUGCAAGCAGACCAUGACGGAGCUGCUGCAAGCUGUCAUUGAUGUCAAUCCUGACACUGACAUUAUUGUACAGCAGGUGCGGGUGCUGGGAGCUGACGGAGGCCUGCGAUGCGUCUUCCCGGCUUCUGACGACCUAACCGACAUGCCUUCUGUCAGAAUCAUCAGGCCUAAGAAGUCUUAAGGACGUAACGUUUCGCGAUGAAUUCAUCAGCAAGUGCGCGAUUUGAUUUUCAAAAUCUGGAUAUUGGUUUCUUUUUCUCCACAGAGGAAAAUAAACUUUUGAAGGGAGUUUUUACAGACCAGUUCUGUGUUUUCAGAGCAUUAAAUAAUGUAACGGACUCAUGCCUGACAGGAUUCGUUUCCAGUUUUGAUCAAUCAUUUCUAAUUUGAGUUUUAUUCUUGUUAGUUAGGGUCUGUUUACAUCCCAUUAUCGGAUAUUUUAUGUUACGCAUUAUAAUCGUGAAAAUUUAGCUAUUCAUUCAGAUGUUUAAACUUUAUUUGAGGAUCGGAAACAAUUGUUUUACCAACGUGAGACUGCUUACAUAAUCAUUAUAUAUUAUAUUAUAUUAUAUAUUUUACAUUAUAAUAUUUUCCAUGUAGGGAUUUGAUUCUCUGUGUUCUUGUCCGUAUACAUGCACGGGCUUCUUCGUUGCAGAACAAAUUAGAUUCACGUUCUAUCCGCUGCAUAAAUAUAGUAAUCUUCUUAAGUAAUUCGGAAAAAGGAUAUGGUAUUCUCUUCCAUAGAUCAACAUGGAUGCAACGAAGGAAGCAUUGUACUAAUAAAAUGCAUCAUCGGCGUUGUCCGCCCAGGAAUUAAAACCUGUUCUGUAAUAUGUUUACAAAGUCGUUUACUUAGGUUUAAAAGAACGGAUAAUAAAAUUUGAAAAUGCAUAUGUUAGAAUAUAAUGGAUAAAUGUAAGCGAAAUCAUUCCAUUAUCUGCUUGAACAUUUCGAAAAGCCUUCACCACACCAAAGAGAGAAUAACUUUUUAGGUGCAAUGAGUUUGAGCUUCAUUGUUGGCUCGUACUGCAGAUUCAAGGAGCGACGAAUUACGUACUUAAACAGGAAAUUACGUUAUGUUGAAAGAUGAUCUUUGCACCUCAGAUGGCGCUAGGCAUCACGCUCUCUCGAAGAUUUAGUUUUGAAUAUUAUUAAAACAGCCCCUACAAAAUCAUUGUGUAAUGACAACACUGCGCUAACUGAUCUAUUUGAAAUACCAUUUAUCUCGUGUCACUUUGCUCAUAAAUCCGUUAUGAAACUCGUG